AAACAAAUACCAUCCAAUUUUAGGCAAAUUUUAAUUGUUUAUGUGCCCAUAUGGUGACAUCGAAGGAACUAUGGCGGAGGAACAUCGAUGCGAGACACCAGAAGGUCAUCGUCUUUGUGUUAACAAUUGCGGUUUCUUCGGAAGCUCAGCGACAAUGAAUCUUUGUUCAAACUGUUACGGCGAUCUCUGUCUCAAACAACAACAACAAGCUUCCAUGAAACCAACCGUCGAAUCAUCUCUCUCUCCGGUGAUCGCACCUGUUCUUGAAAAUUACGCGGCGGAGUUAAAGAUCCCGACGAAGAAGACGGAGGAGAAAAAGCCGGUUCAAAAUCCGACGGAGCAACCUCCUCCUCCGCCGCAACGGCCGAAUCGAUGCACCGUGUGUAGGAAACGGGUCGGGUUAACCGGAUUUAUGUGCCGGUGCGGGACGACGUUUUGUGGGAGUCAUAGGUAUCCGGAGGUUCAUGGUUGCACGUUCGAUUUCAAAUCGGCGGGACGUGAAGAGAUCGCGAAAGCUAAUCCGUUGGUUAUAGCGGCGAAGCUUCAGAAAAUAUGAAUCGGAGCCGUUUUGGUUUACCGUUGUUGACCUGAGAAGAUUUCGAUGUUCUCGGUGGAUCUCAGCCGUUCAUUAUGUUAUUGUAUUACGGACACGUGUCACGCGAUUAAGGCUGAGAUGGUUUCGUUUCGUCAUGAACUUUUUAAUUAUUUUCUUUGUUUAUUUCCGAAAGAAAUUAAAGUUUUUAUA